CAAACACUGGUCAAGUUGAUGUGGCCGGUGACAUAAGCAGCAUAACUAAAGGAAGGCUCAGGGUCACCUGAUCUAGCCCUAACUGGUGUCCACGUCCUGAACUGAGACUGGUAGCUGGUUCCAUGGGAGAGCAGCUUGAUAGCUAAGGUGCUCUGUUGGGAUGAUAAGGCACCUUGAGGUCUUUAAGAUAUGAUGGAGCCUUGUCAUUAAGGCCGUUGUAUGAUAGGAGAAGGAAGGACCAGUUUUUCAGCAUCACUUUGAGACAGGAUGCUCCUGAUUUUGGAUAUUGUACAGGUGAAAGAAGGCAGAUCUAGAGACUUGGUUUAUGUGUGAUUUAAAGGACAUAUCCUGAUCAAAGAUGACUCCAAGGCUCCUCACACAAACAAUUAUACUCUUUUUCUGAUUAGCUUCUAUUUAUGUCUGUACACUAGGGGUUCACAUAAUUUUGCCAAUCUACACUGUGAUUUUUCAAGUAAUACAAUGAUGUUUGUGUUAUUAAUUUCAAUAGACUGUGUUUGUCCAUAAUUUAAUAUACAUGAAGAUCUGACCAUAUUUUAAGACAAAUAUAUACAUUAGUCAGGGCUCACUUACUUUUCUCUUGCAACUAUACAGACAAUAUAUAGAUAAUAAUAAUGAUAAACAUAAACAUACUGACAUAAAUGUAUAAAAAUAUAUGAAAAGACUCUAGAAAUAUGCUGCAAUAUGUUAUCAUUUUUCUCUGGGGUGGAACACAUGGAUUCUGAAGACCAUUAUCAGUUCAGUCCCUAUAGUUCUGUUCAGUGUGGUGUCAGUGUCAAUACAGGCCAAGUACAAAACACUUGUCAAUCACUUUUCAAACAUUUCAAAGUGUUGUUGUGAAAUGUGCAGCUGAAUUAUAAGGCCUCCAUACUGAGAAAAUACUGUAUACUGCACAUCAUUGUAUGUCUGACACUAGCUGACAUCUCAGCAUUUGAAAUAACUGCAAUCUGUCAUUUGGAUUUUCUAGUCUUAUGAAGAAUUAUUUGUUGCCACUUCCUUAUGAAAGAGGAUGUUUAUAUAACCCUGUAGCUGAAUGUGCAUGCACUUCAACGCUGUAGAAAAGUUAUUAAUCAUGUUUUAGUCCCUUUUGUUAGUGACAUAAUAAACUGAGAACGUUUCCUAAGCUAAAAGCUCCAAAUAAAUAUUGUAUUCAUGUGCCAGCUGAAUAACUAUUAUGCAGUGAGAAAAGCAGUUCAGUCGAAUGAGGUGUCAUUGUUGUUCUCCACCCACUACUGUGAAGACACAGUCCUAAUAUCAGUAGAGAGGCUCUUUAAAUCAAAUCUGUGUCAGAAACACAACCCGGUGGCUGAAACAUGUGAGCACAGUGCAACCUUUGUUAUUCCCCCGUCAGCACAAACUGGGAGAAAAGGAUUGUUUUCAAACCAUGGCAGAACAAACAGAAGGAUUUCCCUCCUCCACCCAGCUGCAGCCUGCAGUCACACCGUGCCUUCUUCUCCUAAUGAAUACCAAAAAACUGGUUUCCCCUUUCUGAACAGACAUGCAAAACCAACAGACACACAUACUGUGUUCAUGCACACACAUGCUGAAAUACCCCACCCCGCUGCACUCCGCUGCCAGCUGUUUCUGGUUAGGUGGCUGGGCCUGCAGUGAAGAGGAAGAGCACGCAGGCCAGAGCCAUGAAGCGGCAGCUGGAGUUUGCUGCCCUCGGUCUGGCCCUCAUAGGGUGGCUCUGUGCCAUUCUGACACGCUGCUUGGCCUUGUGGAAAGUGAGCGGCACACUGGACAACGCCACGGCUACUCUGCCUGCCUACUGGGAUGGGGUAUGGCUGGAAUGGGAUCACUGGGACUUGGCCCAUGAUGGCAGCCUGCAUUGUUCAUUCUAUCAGUCUCUCUUGUCUCUGUCAGGAAGUUUUCGGACGUGGAGAGCCCUCAUCAUGGCAGCCAUCGGAGCUGGGGGUUUUGCCGUGGUGAUUGGUGCAGCGGGGGUGGUGUGGUUCCCUCUGCGUGGCCAGGUCAAAAUCUUUUCUGGUGCUCUCUUUGUUUUGUCUGGGAUUCUGCUGCUGGUUCCCAUAUCCUGGACGUGCCAUCACACCAGUCAGCCACUCGGGGGCACUGUGAUGCUGAGGAGAGACUGGGGACCUGCUCUGUACCUUGGAUGGAUCUCGUUUGCCUUGAUGCUGGCUGGAGGGGUGUUUCUCACCACCAGAUGCCCCAGUGGUCAAAGACAGGCUCAGCAGGGUCAAGAGGGCAGUUAUCCGACUCAACCGGUGGAGGCUAGUCACCCCCUGAACAGGAUCAACAGGACUACAUUCACACACAGCCAGUAUGAACACAGAUCAGGGGCCAUCUGAGGGGACUGUGAUGUUAUUUUUACCUAAGUGUGAAUGAACAGCUAUAAAAUGGUGACUAUGUGAAAUGUCUGUGAGUAGAUUUAACAGCACAGGAAACCUUCUGGCUGCACAUGUUGAGUAAUGAUUCACUGGUUUAACUAAGCAUGAACUUAACAUUUGAAUGCACAAACACAUCAACGUGUCAGUGAACUACCUUUAGUAACAGGGUGUUGAUAAGACUUUGAAUUUACAUUUUAUUAGUUUUACUUUCCAUUCUACUGAACCUAACACUGUAUCUACUGCAUAGUAUUGUUUUACAUUCAAUCCUCACUUCCCCAUUUCAGUUUUACUGUAAAGUAUUUCUAAAAACUAAAAACAUCUCUCAGUCCUCUAAUACUAUUACUAGUUGCACAAAAACAGAGUCAUCCAAUUUCUUAUAUGUUUGGUCCAUUGAGAGUGACAAAUGUUUACAUCUGAGACUGAUUCUUCUGCAGAAAAAGCACAUUGUGG